AUGCAAGUGCAUUCACACGCUCAAAUCACUUUACCUGCCAUGCUCUUGGGUGUUGGUAUUUGUGUUGGUGGUUUCUUGUUCGGAUACGAUUUGGGUGUUAUCUCUGGUUGUUUGAUCAUGGAACCUUUUAUUCGUGUGAUGGGUGUUUAUGAUCCUACAGCUAUGCUCGCAGAUUCAGAAGGAUACCUUUUAUCAGCUAAUCGUCAAUCAUUGAUCACUGCUCUUUUGAGUGCAGGUACUUUUUUUGGUGCUUUAGCUCAAGCCCCUAUUUCGGAUUUUAUGGGUCGUCGUAAAAGUAUGUUGGUUUGGGCAAUCACAUUCUCGAUUGGUGCUAUUAUUCAAACUACUUCAGGUGAAAGUGCAAAUACCGCUGCCAAUGUAGGUCAAAUCGUCGCAGGUCGUACGAUCGCAGGUUUGGGUGUUGGUGCUUUGAGUGGUUUGGCUCCUCUUUAUUUGGCAGAAACAGCUCCAAAAGCAAUUCGUGGUGCAAUGGUUUCAUGUUAUCAAUUAUUCAUCAUCGCCGGUAUUUGCGUUUCUUACUGCAUUCUUUACGGAACAUACACAAUCAAAACAUCUUCAGCUUGUUGGCGUAUUCCUGUCGCAUUGCAACUUCUUUGGGGUUUAGUUUUGAUCGUCAUCAUGUUGGCCUUGCCUGAAAGUCCUCGUUGGUUAUUGCAAAAAGAACGCGCUCCAGAAGCAAGAAAGGUUAUGGCAAGGAUGCGUGGUCUUCCAUUAGAAGGAGGAGAUGCUGCUCCUGCUGCACGUCAAUUGAUGGAAGAAGAUGUUGAAGAAAUGUUGGAAGGUAUUCGUGAAGAAGCACGUACGUUUGAAGGAUACAAUUACCUCACUGGUUACAAAUUAUGCUUCUCCACUGAACAACAAAUGUGGCGUAGAACAUUGACAGGAUGCAUGCUUCAACUUUUACAACAACUUUGUGGUCAAAAUUUCUACUACCUUUACGGUCCUACCCUUUUCACUCAAGCAAAUGUUCCUCUUGAACCAUUAUUGAUCCAAUUGAUCUUUGGUGUUGUUUCAUUGAUUUGUACCGUUCCUGCACUCUUGAUGAUCGAAAAGGUUGGUCGUCGUAAAUCAUUGGUUUGGGGUGCUAUUCUCCAAGCAAUUUGUGCAUUCACAGUUGCUUUCGUCGGACAUUAUGGUCUUCCCCACGGAAAGAAUGCAAAGGCUACAACUCCUUCACAAAAGUCAAGCGCAAACGCAUUUAUCGCAUUCGCAGUCUUGCAUUUGGCCUUUUAUAGUAUGUUCUGGGGUCCAACACCAUGGAUCUUCUGCAGUGAAAAUUUCCCUCAACAUUUGCGUGCAAAGGCAAUCUCUUUGUGCAGUGCAACAAAUUGGAUUUGGAAUUUCUUAUUGUCUUUCUUCUCCAACAAGAUUUCCGACAAGUAUGGUACGUUCAUCAUGUUAAUCUUUGGAAGCGUUUUAGUCUUCGCAGCAAUCUUCUCUUACCUUGUCGUUCCUGAAUUGAAAGGAUUAUCAUUGGAACAAGUUAAUGAAAUGUACGAAGACAAGAAGUUGAAGCCUUGGAACUCAGGUAAAUGGCAACCUCAAACUGGUCGUGAUACCAACCGUAGCGCUAUUGGUUUAAGUCAUAUUCUCAAACUUGGUACCAAGAAACAAUCGCAAGUUCUUUAA